CAGGAGGCGAAGAGAAAGCGGACACAGCGCGAGCAUCCUGCGCCGGAGGAGACACUGACCAUCCUGAUCAUCCGACACACUCAGACUCAGAUUAGACUCGCUUUCGAAUAGUCGGCGCGUGUGUACAAGUGUGUGUGUGUGUGUGUGAUCUGUCUGCUGUGUUACUGUAGCAGUGUGUGUGUGUGUGUGUGUGUGUGUGAUCUGUCUGCUGUGUUACUGUAGCAGUGUGUGAGUGUGUGUGUGAUCACGGAGCGGGGAAUCAGGAGAUCAGGGCUCGAGCUCACUUCUCAUGCACGUCGCGUCGCCUGGCUGCAUCUGGACAUCCUCUCUCUCUCUCUCUCUCUCUCUCUCUCUCCACAGUGGCAGAGACGAGAAGGACAUCCUUUUCUCUUUUUUCCAUCACUGUCUCUUUCUCCUUCCCUCUCUCUUCUCUUUUUUAAAUCGCGGAUCAAACCUCAGACUCUGCUGUGCGUAAUGUGUGUAUAAGUGUGCGCGUGCGUGCGUGUGUGUGUGUGUAGUACUGUGCAUGUGCAUGAGAGAAGAGACUCUGAGAUGAGCAACGUGCACUGAAUCUGAAUCAGAGACUCGGAUAAGAUAAGUGUCCGAUACCCGAGUGAUUGGAUGUUUGGGGGGGAGAGAAAAAAGAAACAGCAGCGCAUGAAUUAAACAGCGUCCCUGCGCGUGCUUCCGGUGAAGAGAGAGAGAGGCAACAAAAACUGACAUGCACUAGCGUUUUUUAGUCGUAUUUGGGGGUUUUUUGGACACACACACACACAAGCGCGCGCGCACACACGCUUGCACUCAUGGCUUCGCUGUACCAAAGGUUCACGGGAAAAAUCAACACCAGUGCAUCUUUCCCCGGUCCCCCGGAGGCCAGCCGUCUGCUCGGUGCGCGUGAGAAGGCGACUAGGAGUCCUCCCGAGCCUCGGCCCGAGCACCGACGCGGGACCGCGCGCGAGGACGAGGACGAGCUGGUGGGUAUCGCUCCUCCUCAGAGGAACUGGAAGGGAAUAGCCAUCGCUCUGCUGGUCAUCCUGUUCAUCUGUUCUCUGAUCAUCACCUCCGUUAUCCUGCUCACACCACGUGAGGAUGACAGCUUGGCCUCCAAGAAGAAAGUUACAGUGGAGGAUCUGUUCAGCUCGGAGCUGCAGGUUCAUGACCCCCAGGCCAGGUGGCUCAGCGACACUGAGCUGCUCUUCCGUAAUCCAGACGGAGAUGUGCUCCUGCUGGACGUGGAGAACAACAGCACACGACUUCUGGUGGAGAACAAGAUGUUUGAGACGUAUAAAGCCAGCAAGUACCAAGUGUCUCCUGAUCUGACUCACGUUCUACUGGCCUACAACAUCGUCCCUCUCUACCGCUUCUCCUACACUGCGUCCUACAUCAUCUGCAGCCUGAAAACUCCGGAGACAGCGGUUUUGUCGGCUCCUGAAGUGCAGAACACGACGCUGCAGUUUGCAGGAUGGGGUCCGAAAGGCCAACAACUGAUCUUCAUCUUCGAGAACAACAUCUACUACCAAGCCACUGUGAAGGACAAACCCAUCCGCCUGGUCACUACAGGACGAGAGGGCGUGGUCUUUAAUGGACUCACAGACUGGCUGUACGAAGAGGAGAUCUUCAGGUCUCACACUGCACACUGGUGGUCCCCGGACGGUCUGAGGCUCGCGUACGCCACCAUUAACGACACUCUGGUGCCCCGGAUGGAGCUGCCCAUGUUCACUGGAGGCCUGUACCCUGGAGCUCAGGAGUACCGCUACCCUAAAGCCGGUGAGGAGAACCCUGAGGUGUACGUGUCAGUGGUCAGCCUGAAUGGACCCCUGCACACAGUCCGUAUGAAGAAGCCAGAGGACCCCAGGAUCGGGAAGGAGUAUUACAUCACCAUGGUGAAGUGGGCCACCAGCACCAAACUGGCCAUCAACUGGCUGAACCGAGCGCAGAACAACUCCAUCCUCACCCUGUGUGAAGCCACCACCGGGAUCUGCACCAAGAAACACGAGGAUGAGAGUGAGAGCUGGCUGCACAGACAGAAUGAAGCUCCACUGUUCUCCAGAGAUGGCCUCAGGUUCUUCUUCACCCGCGCAGUACCACAGGGGGGUCGAGGGAAGUUCUACCACAUCUCUAUGUCCACCUCACAGCCCAACAGUAGCUCAGACACGCUGCAGUCUUUGACGUCGGGUGAUUGGGACGUUACAGAGAUUUUAGCGUACAAUGAGAACACACAGCUGGUAUAUUUCCUCAGCACAGAAGACAACCCCAAGCGGCGACACCUGUACAGCGCCUUAACCACAGGCUCGUUUAACCGCCGCUGUCUGUCCUGCGAGUUCAGCUGCGGCUUCGUCAGCGGCUCCUUCAGCCCCGACACCAACUACUUCCUCCUCAACUGUAAAGGUCCUACAGUCCCCUACACGGCCGUCUACAGCACCCGAGACCGACUCUAUCAGAAGCUGCUGGACGUGGAGACCAACGACGUGCUGAACUCCACCCUCAACUCCAUGCAGAUGCCCCAAGUGGAGUAUCAGGAAAUCACCAUCGACGACUACACUCUGACCAUCCAGAUCCUGAAACCUGCAGCGUUCACAGACACAGCACAUUACCCCUUACUGCUGCUGGUUGACGGCACCCCCGGUGGUCAGAUGGUGACGGAGCAGUUCCAGGUGGACUGGGCGACGGUGUUGGUGAGCUCCUACAGCACCAUCGUGAUGCGGUUCGAUGGCCGGGGCAGUGGCUUUCAGGGCACCAACCUGCUGCACCGCAUCAAGAGGAAACUGGGGGAGUUUGAGGAGAUCGACCAGCUAGAGGCGCUCAACAUCAUCACUAAAGAGUCGUACAUCGACAAGACCAGGAUCGGGGUGUAUGGACGGGUGUAUGGUGGAUAUCUGGCCAGUCUGCUGCUCAGCUCUGAGGAGUCUGUGUUUAAGUACAGCUUUAAGCUGAAGUGUGGAGCGGCUGUCUCUCCCAUCACCGACUUCAGUCUCUACGCCUCAGCCUUCUCCGAGCGAUAUUUAGGAUCUCCUCGAUCCAAUCCCAGAGUGUAUGAGAUGUCCAGUUUAGCUCAUCGAGCAGGUCAGCUGGAGGAUAAGAAUUUUUUAAUUAUUCACCCCACAGCAGACGAAAACGUCCACUUCCAGCACACGGCUAAAUUCAUCAACUAUUUAAUAAACAAGAAGGCCAAUUACACACUGCAGAUCUACCCUGACGAGGGUCACUUGCUGCAGUCGGAGGUUUCUCGGCAGCACUUGGACCAGUCUCUGGUCAGCUUCUUCGAGGUUUGCUUCAGGCCGCCGGAGAUCCUCAGCGAGGACGAGCUGGAGCAGGAGGAUGAGGACGACAGCUAGACACACAAACUGCGACUAAAUAAUAAUAAUUAUAAAUAAAACCUGCAUCAUGUAAUUCUUCUCCUUCAUCAUCAUCAUCAUCUCCAUCUGGGAUGAAGCAUCUGCAUGGACCAAUCGCAUCUCGCCUGUGAAAGCAGGAGAGCGAGCAAAAGAGAGAGAGAGAGAUGCUGCCCUUCCUCCCUGAUGAAGCUCAGCAGCGCCCCGGUGUGGACGGAGGUGGUGGAGAAAUUUAGCACAACACGCUGCAGAGCCAAGCAGGACGUUUACACACCAUCUUCAUCUCCUUCAUUACCACUUUACUGUAUUUUCCAGACUGCACUGCUCCAGCACUACAAAAUAACCUGCGUCUGUCUCCUCCUCCUCCUCAUCUUCAUCAUCAUCAUCACGCCUGUUCGACAGCAGAAAUCACUCAACUGUAGCAAUGACUUUAAAGAGAAAGUCUUUAGUGCUAAAACAUGACCAACAGUCUCAGUUUUCUGACAAACCUACAAGGCUAAUGCAGUUCCAGACUUUAGGAGGCGGGGCCUAGAGGGGCGGAGUCCUAACAAACACCAGAGGGGAGAAUAAUCAGAAUUUUACGUAGCAUACAAAUUCAUUCCUGCAUGAAGCGACUUGCUAAAAAGAAUCCAAGAAUAUUUUUUAUUUACUGACCGAACGCCUCCCGGUCCUGCCUUCUUGUCUUCAGAUCGCCAUAGCAACAGUAGCGUUAAAGUAUUACAGUGAACGUUUGAGACUGUGACAGAUUUCUGUUUCCUAACAGCUGCAUUAGCCUCGUAGCUUCAGUGCAGACGGCUAACUGUGACAGAAACACGGAUUCUGGAAAAUACGGAAACUCGCUGAAUUUAACGUUGAAGCUGUUCCUCAUUUUGUCCUGUUUCAGUCCAGCGGCUUUGAUCGGUCACUUAAACGCCUCGGAUUUAGGGUCUAGGGUUUAGGGUCUAGGAUCUCGGGUUUAGGGUUAAUGUUAGCGUCGUGUUCUGCUGAUUUGUGAGUUCAGGUUAGUGAUUGAUGUGAUUUUAAACAUUAUGUUCCAAAAUACAAAAACGGUCUAAUGUUAUUAUUUUAGUCACUGUGCCUUACUGGAGUAAAGCUGUAACACACACACACACACACACACACACACACGCCAGACUCCAGACAGCAGUAUGAUCAGACUGGACUGGGAGAUAUGACGACUCACACACGACAUCUUUCAUUUAGAUAACUAGCUAGAUUUAAAGGCUGUGAAUAGGCCACGCCCACAAGAGACAAAGUUUAUCUCUGAUAAACACAUCAGUAAACAAAAGACCACCACCACCCUGGAAGCCCCGCCCACUUCUCCUCUCACGUUAUUAAUCUCACUUCAUCCUCUGUCUGUUUGUUAACGUGUGUGUGUGUGUGUGAGACUGAGUGAAGGCUAAAACUCUACAAAAUUAAACAUCAGUUAGUUUUACUUCCCAGGAAGGAUCACAAACAUCAUAUCUUAUGGUAUCAUAUCACAUAUUGUGUGGUAUCAUUAUAUCGAGUAGUAUCAUAUCAUGUGAUAUAUCCUAUGGUAAUCAUCAUGUGGUAU